UGCAGCAGGAAUUGGGCACCCGUGUCUGCAGCCAGCCAGCCCUCUGCCAGCCAUGGCUAGUGAAUUCAAGAAGAAGCUCUUCUGGAGGGCAGUGGUGGCCGAGUUUCUGGCCAUGAUUCUCUUCAUUGUCAUCAGCAUUGGCUCGGCCCUGGGCUUCCAAUACCCGUUGAAGAACAACCAGACGUCCGGUGCCUCGCAGGACAACGUGAAAGUCUCCUUGGCCUUCGGGCUGAGCAUCGCCACGCUGGCCCAGAGUGUGGGUCACAUCAGUGGCGCCCACCUCAACCCAGCCGUCACCCUGGGGCUGUUGCUGAGCUGCCAGAUCAGCAUCCUGAGGGCCCUCAUGUACAUAGUCGCCCAGUGCGUGGGGGCCAUCGUGGCCACAGCCAUCCUGUCUGGCAUCACCUCCAGCCUGCCCGGGAACUCGCUGGGUCGAAAUGAUCUGGCUGGAGGUGUGAACUCAGGCCAGGGCCUGGGCAUCGAGAUCAUUGCCACCCUGCAGCUGGUGCUAUGCGUGCUGGCCACCACAGACCGAAGACGCCGUGACCUUGGGGGCUCUGGGCCCCUCGCCAUUGGCCUUUCUGUAGCCCUGGGACACCUGCUGGCAAUUGACUACACAGGCUGUGGCAUCAACCCUGCACGCUCUUUCGGUUCCUCGGUGAUCACGCACAACUUUAGCAACCACUGGAUUUUCUGGGUGGGCCCAUUCAUCGGCAGUGCUCUGGCUGUUCUCAUCUACGACUUCAUCCUGGCUCCGCGCAGCAGCGACCUCACAGACCGCAUGAAGGUGUGGACCAGCGGCCAGGUGGAGGAGUAUGACCUGGAUGCCGACGACGUCAACUCCAGGGUGGAAAUGAAGCCCAAAUAGGGG